AUGGGGAGGCCACGAUUGCUUGUAGUGUCGAUGUCUCUUCCGGUUACUGCAAAGAGGGUUGGAGAAGAGUCAUGGUCUUUCACGAUGAGUGCUGGUGGUCUUGUUAGUGCUCUUCUAGGUUUGAAAGAGUUUGAGACCAAAUGGAUUGGAUGGCCUGGAGUAGAUGUUCAUGAUGCGGUUGGGACAAAGACGCUCUCCGUUGCCCUAGCUAAAAAGUGUUGGUUUGGUUUGCAUGGAUGUAUCCCAGUGUUUUUGGAAGAAGUGUGUGAUCAAUACUACAAUGGCUACUGCAACAAUAUUCUGUGGCCGAUAUUUCACUACAUGGGAACGCCACCAGAAUAUCGCAACGAUGCAACCAUAACAUACCAGUCACAGUAUGAUGCAUACAAGAAAGCGAAUCAAAUCUUUUUUGAUGUCGUAAAAGAGCACUAUGAAGAUGGAGAUGUCGUUUGGUGCCAUGAUUAUCAUGUUAUGCUUCUUCCUCAGUAUCUAAAGGAAUACAACAGUAAGAUGAAAGUUGGGUGGUUUCUCCAUACACCAUUCCCUUCCUCCGAGAUGUACAAGACGUUGCCCUCGCGAUCCGACUUGCUUUGCUCUGUUCUUGCUGCUGAUUUAGUCGGUUUCCAUACCUAUGACUUUGCAAGACAUUUUGUGCAUGCAUGCAUGUGUAUUCUUGGAAUUGAAGCAACAUCUGAAGGAGUUGUGGAUCAGGGAAAAGUCACUCGAGUAGCUGUUUUUCCAAUUGUGAUAGAACCUGAGAGGUUUAUAAACACAAGUGCACUCUCUAAGGUCAUACAAUACAUGAAGAAGUUCAAAAGCGACUUUGGUCGCAGAAAGUUGAUACUAGGCGUAGAUUGUCUCGAUAUGAUCAGAGGGAUCCCACAAAAAUAUCAAGCAUUUGAGAAAUUUUUGGAGGAAAAUGAAGAUUGGCGUGGUAAAGUCAUGUUAUUUCAGAUUGCAGUGCCACCAAGAAAUGGUAUUGGUGAAUAUCAAAAGAUCAAAGAAGAAUACCAUGGUCUUGUUGGACGAAUCAAUGGUCGUUUUGGUUCUAUCUCAGCUGUGCCAAUAAUUCAUCUGGCUUGUUAUUUAUUUUCUUUUAUAUAUGUUGUUGUCACAAGUUACACUUUUCUUCUGACUAAAACAUUUUAA